UUCCCGGCGCGGUGGCCGCAGUCGGGCGUUCCGGGCAGGGGCGGUGCCGGCCGGGGCCCCCCGUGCCAGGCACCGUAUAUAGGCGGGGGCGCGGCGCAGGCUCCCCGGCUGCGGGGGGCCCGGCUGGAGACCGUUUUGUUCUGCCCAAAAUAACUAAAUGGUUGAAACUAUAGAUACUUACUAUUUCUUGUUGCAAACAGUCAGUAUCAAUAUGGAGGCGUAGGCACCUUAGAAGGGACUUCAGUCUGAACUCUGGGAGGUAGUUCUGUGCACAAAUAAAGAAACUAAGGCUUCAAUUUUUUUUUUUUUUUAAUCUGAGGAUUCUGUUUGCUUCUGUGUCAUAAAUAAACAUGGCGUACAGAAAAAAAUUAAUUCAACAUUAUAAAGCAUUAGAAUGUCCCAACACGAGGCGAUUAAUUUAUGUUAAAUUUGAUAACUCUAGACUUAUAACUAAGGCACCAGGUUAAAACUGAAACACCGUUCGAUCGGUGCUAACAAUGUUAUAGACAGAAAAGCCUGGGACUACAGUUUAUCCUUGUCAGAGGCAGUGUAUAGGAUCAUCCUCUGACAGUUCAUCCUUCUCGGAGACAGUGUAUAGGAUUUGUAUCUCUCAUAGCUGAAUAUUCAGUAUGUGUGAAGUUGAGUAUAAACUAACUUCUUUAGUCUUAAUGAUUAUUACAACAAUAUGAAGAAGUUGAGGUUUUUUUUGGAAGUCUGGUAAUAGCAACUAUACCAGAUCAGUUCAGGGGCUCUUUGUUGUAUGCCUUUUGAGCUUGAUAAACCAUUAUUUUUAGUCUCCUAAUGAAGUUUUUAAACUAAAAUCUUUACUUGUGUAUAAGCUGCAUAUUUAUCAGCUGUCCAGGGUGAAAUGGUUCUUAAAUCACUUAACAUGUUCUGGUUAAAAAUGAUGUUGUUUUAAUUGCCCUCCUUUUUAGUUUCUUUAUUGAUAAAGGAUUGACAAAGAAUAAGCCCAUUUUAGGUAUAUCCCACCUCCAUUAGCCUGAGAAGUUGAUAUUGCUCUCCCAGAUACACAGUACAAGGAAAGCUUGUGAUGCCUAUAUGAUUCAGGGAAAAGUCCUUUUUGACAUGCUUUCUGUAAUUGUCAAAAUGGGGUGGGGCAGCUUUUGUGCUAAAAGCAGUUGUGUAAACUAAAGUACAAGAACUUCCCCAAUGUUUCAAGGCUGUUUGUUAAUCAUGAGGCUAAUUCUAUUCAUAUAUGUGUUCGAAGUUGCACAUUAAAGUAUUUCAUUUUCAGGUUCCUACUUUUGUACAGGCAGGGGUUAUUCCAAAUUGCCUUUAAUGCACACAACUACCUCCCAGAGGAAGACUUGUCCCAUUCUUCCAAAAGUAAUCCAUUAUGAACAUAAUGGAAAAUAGCCCUUUCUUGGCUAGCAUCAUGAAGCAGAGUGCUGUGUGUGGUGAACUGAAGUACGACUUAUCCUGUGAACUCUACAGAAUGUCGACGUUUUCUACUUUCCCCAUUAAUGUGCCGGUGUCAGAGCGGAGCCUUGCCCGGGCGGGGUUUUAUUACACUGGUAUGCAAGAUAAAGUUAAGUGCUUCAGUUGUGGCUUAACAUUGGACAACUGGCAACCAGGAGAUAAUGCUAUGGAAAAACAUAAACAGCUGUAUCCUAGUUGCAGUUUUGUUCAAGACAUACUUUCAGUUAACAACCCUGGACAGUCCUCUCAUUCUGCCUUUUCGCCUCCGGUCUCAAACGAUCUUUCACCAUCUCUACAUUCCAUAACACUUUCUCCAAGUUUAGAACAAGUUGGGUAUUUCAGUGGCUCUUUUUCCAGUUUUCCUCAAGACCCAAUAACUACUAGGGCAGUUGAAGACCUUUCAUUCUUGAGACCUAAACUUCACAAUCCUUCUAUGAGUACAGAAGAUGCUAGACUACGCACUUUUCACUCAUGGCCACUGACGUUUCUUUCACCCACUGAUCUGGCAAAGGCUGGACUUUAUUACCUGGGGACAGCAGACAAAGUUGCUUGUUUCACCUGUGGUGGUCAGCUGAGUAACUGGGAACCAAAAGAUAAUGCUAUGUCAGAGCAUCGGAGACACUUUCCUAACUGCCCUUUUGUGGAAAACUUUACCCGAGACCCACCAAGUUUCAAUGUUUCAAAUGUGAGCAUGCAAACCCAUGAAGCACGUGUUAAAACAUUCAUAAAUUGGCCAACUAGAAUUCCAGUUCAGCCUGAACAGCUUGCGGACGCUGGAUUUUACUAUGUAGGCCGCAAUGAUGAUGUCAAGUGUUUUUGCUGUGAUGGUGGGUUAAGGUGCUGGGAAUCUGGAGAUGAUCCAUGGAUUGAGCAUGCAAAGUGGUUUCCAAGGUGUGAGUAUCUGCUUCGUGUAAAAGGAGGAGAGUUUGUAAGUUCAAUUCAGGCCAGGUUUCCCCAUCUCCUUGAACAGCUCUUGUCAACCUCUGAUACGCCUGUAGAUGAAAACAUUGAUCCCCCAAUUAUUCAUUUUGAACCUGGAGAGAGUCAUUCAGAAGAUGCAAUUAUGAUGAACACGCCUGUGGUUAAGGCUGCCUUGGAGAUGGGAUUCAGUAGAAGGCUAAUAAAGCAAACAGUGCAAAGUAAAAUCUUGGGCACUGGAGAAAACUACAAGACUGUUAAUGAUCUUGUGUCUGAUCUGCUCACUGCUGAAGAUGAGAAGAGGGCAGAGGAGAAAGAGAGACAAUUUGAAGAAGUAGCAUCAGAUGAUUUGUCCUUAAUCCGGAAGAAUCGAAUGGCUUUAUUCCAACGUUUAACAUCUGUAAUUCCAAUCCUUGGGAGUUUACUAUCAGCUAAAGUGAUAACAGAACUCGAGCAUGAUGUUAUUAAGCAGAAGACUCAGACACCAUUGCAAGCAAGGGAACUGAUAGAUACAAUUUUAGUGAAAGGAAAUGAAGCAGCCAGCAUAUUCAGAAACUGUCUACGAGACUGUGACCCUAUACUGUACAAAGAUUUAUUUGUGGAGAAGAACAUGAAAUAUGUUCCCACAGAAGAUGUUUCAGGUUUACCUAUGGAAGAACAACUAAGAAGAUUGCAAGAGGAAAGAACGUGUAAAGUUUGCAUGGACAAAGAAGUUUCUAUUGUUUUUAUUCCAUGUGGUCAUUUAGUGGUGUGCAAAGAAUGUGCACCAUCUCUUAGAAAAUGCCCUAUUUGCAGGGGGACAAUAAAGGGUACAGUUCGUACAUUUCUUUCAUAAAGAGGCAGACUUGCAAAAUGUCUUUGUUCCUGUCAUCCUCCAACUGCUGAAGCUUAAGUUAGGAGUGUUUUAAGAAUGGAAAAUUGUGAUACAGAAGAUUAAUCAACUACCAAACACCAUUAUGUAAUAGUAAGCUGUAUCAUUGUUAUGAGUCCACUAGGUCUUCCUUGCCAAAGACUAUUUCUGCUCAUAAAACUAACUCGGUACUAAGGUGAGGUUUUUGUAGCUUUCCUUUCUGAGUAAGGAAAGCAGUUUCACUGGUAUGCCUUUGUGUCACUCUGAAUAAAAAACUUUCUGGUUGAGUUGCUAAAAUGGAGCUUAGCAUAACUCUUCUCAUGAGUUUCCUCCAUGUGGAUGUGAGGAAAUAUAUUAAGAUUGCUGAUAACUUCAGCUGUUGUUUUGGUUCUGUUUGGUCUUUCUUGGAAACUUGAGGAGAAAAGAGGCUAACUGUUGCAAGAACAGCAAGAUUUUUUUAAAGGUUUGUUCAUGUUUAGAUACUUGUGUAAUAUGUAUGAUUAAUAGUUUAUAUAUGAAGACUGAAUUAAAAUAUUUCUACUUCUCAA